UUUGAUGAACGAUAAGAUUGUAAAUAACAUUAUAAAUCGAAUUUUAUGACCGGAAAGGUGUAUUUGUCACAAUAUGAGACUCUUAAUCAGUGUUGUGUACUUGGCUUUGGCCACCACGGUCUCCGCAGACGAGACAUUUGAUAUCAAUGAUGCAGUGUACAAUUAUCACGCAAGGAUUGGUAUUCCUGAAGCCAACAGAAUAAGAGAAUCUGAAAAUCGUCAAAAUAAGGUCGUUGGAGGAUCGAUAACGGACGUAAAAUAUGUUCCAUAUCAGGCAGGUCUCGUUAUUGAGAUAAUCCCAUCGUUCACAUCUGUGUGUGGGGGAUCCCUGAUCUCUGCAACUCGUGUGCUGACAGCUGCGCACUGCAAGAAUGACGGGUUCAUCACAGCCAGUAUCUUCACUGUUGUCCUUGGGUCCAACACUCUGUUCAGAGGUGGUCUUCGCAUCGUCACUAACGAUGUUGUCAUACACCCGCGAUGGGACCCCAGAAUAGUUGCGAAUGAUAUAGCGGUCAUUCGCAUUAACCCCGUUUGUUUUACUGAUGUUAUCCAGCCCAUCAACCUGCCCAGUGUUCGAGAUAUCUUCAAUGACUUCGUUGACUACAACGCCGUCGUGUCUGGCUACGGGAUCACUGCUGAUGGUAGUUUUGUCAGUGACAAUCAGGUGAUCAGUUCAGUGACAGUGCCGGUCAUAACAAAUAAUGAAUGCCGAGCUUUCUAUGCAAAUUUCAUCACAAGUUCUAUCAUAUGCACGAGCGGAGCUGGCGGUAAGGGCGCUUGUAGGGGAGACUCGGGAGGCCCACUUGCAGCCACCAUCGCUGACAAACCUGUCUUGAUCGGAUUAUCGUCUUUUGGCAGCUCAAUAUCCUGCUCUCAAGGGUUCCCAUCCGCCUUUACAAGAAUAACAUCAUUUGUGACUUGGAUCCAUACAAUUUAAUCUCAUUUAAAUAUUUAUAAUUAUAAGUUAAUAUACUAUUUU